AUGUCUGCGAGAGACGGCCACAGGAGGAAGGAGGAGAACAAGGAGGAAGAAGAGGAAGAGGAGGAUGGGAAGGAGACGGGGGAGGAGAAGGAGGAAGCAAAGAAGAAGAAGGAGGAGGAGAACAAGGAGGAAGAAGAGGAAGAGGAGGAGGGGAAGGAGGACAAAGAGAAGGAGGGGGAGAAGGAGGAAGAAGAUAAGGAGAAGAAAGGAGAGAAGAAGGAAGAGGAGGAGGAGAAGGAAGAAGAGAAGAUGAAAGAAGAGAAGGGGGAAGAAGAGCAGGAGACGAAAGAAGAGGAGAAGGAGGAGGAGGAGAAGAAAGAAGUUGUGGAAAAAGAGGAGGAUGAGAAGAAAGAAGAGAAGGAAGAAGAGGAGGAGAAAGAGGUUGUGGAAAAAGAGGAGAAUGAGAAGGAGGAAAAAGAGAAGAAAGAAGAGGAGGAGGAAGAAGAGGAGGAGGAGAAGGAGGAAGAAGAGGAGGAAAUGGAGGAGGAGGAAGAGGAGGAAAUGGAGGAGGAGGAAGAGGAGGAGGAGUUUUAUGACGCUGCAGAGACACUUCUACAUCAGGACUGUUCAGACACUGACAAUGAGCCUGGUCAGCCAGGAGCGUUCACAGUGAGUGACAUCAGAGCUGACAGUGUGACUCUGUCCUGGGAGCCCCCUGCUGGUGAAGUGCAGAACUACUCAGUGACCUGUUCCAGUGGAGAAGAUGUGGUACAAGAAAUCCAAACUGAGGAAACCAGUGUGACCAUCAGAGACCUGAGGCCUGGACAGCAGUACCUGUUCUCUGUGUGUGCACAGCUCCAGAGGCUCCAGAGUGAGGCUGCAGAGACCUCCACUCACACAAAGCCUGGUCAGCCAGGAGCGUUCACAGUGAGUGACAUCAGAGCUGACAGUGUGACUCUGUCCUGGGAGCCCCCUGCUGGUGAAGUGCAGAACUACUCAGUGACCUGUUCCAGUGGAGAAGAUGUGGUACAAGAAAUCCAAACUGAGGAAACCAGUGUGACCAUCAGAGACCUGAGGCCUGGACAGCAGUACCUGUUCUCUGUGUGUGCACAGCUCCAGAGGCUCCAGAGUGAGGCUGCAGAGACCUCCAUUCACACAAGUCCCGAACUGGAGAGUUUUCUGGAAGAAUUGAAGCUGAACCGUCACUACAAAGACAAGUUAUCGUUGACAGAAAUUCUCCAGAUCGAUGUCAAGGCUACAACAGACGAACCUGUCAGCUUUGUGCAGCAGGAACUGUCACUCAAAAUGUCCAUGUGUCAGUUUGCUGUUCCUCUGCUGCUUCCAAACUGUGACACAAACCAGUGCACACUGAUGCUGUGGGCUCUGAGAGACAUUGUCAAAAAGUACAGACCUAAAUCUCUCUCUGAAUCCAAGGGCUUCAAAGAAGAACGUGUCGUAAACUCUGAAAUCCCAAUGAUCUCGUUCGUGAGACUUGGUGAAUGCUCUUUGUCCAAGUCUGAGAUUCUAAACAAGCUCCUGAGCAACUCCCAGCAAUACCACGACACCUUUGUGCACCACAACAUGCAGUGUGGCGACAACCCGAGAAUAAUCUCUAAUGGACUCGCUGAACUUACUUGGGAAAUGGGUCAACUCUACGAGGCUUCAUUGUCUCUUCCAAAAGAAGACCGUUCACGCCAACAGCUGCAGCACCUUCCCAAACUGUGUGCACAGCUUCUAAUUGAUGGUUUUCCUCUGGAGCUGGUGGAUGGAGAUGCCUCCAACAUCCCUCUCAGAUGGGUGAGUGAUGUUCUGACCCAGCUCCAUGAACUGGUGUCUCCUAACAACAAGAUUCGGGUGAUCACAGUCCUCGGAGUCCAGAGCACAGGGAAGUCCACUCUCCUCAACACCAUGUUUGGAGUGCAGUUUGCAGUGAGCAGUGGCCGAUGCACGAGAGGCGCCUUUAUGUUACUCAUCAAAGUCAGUGAAGAUAUGAAAGCUUCUCUCAACUGUGACUUCUUAGUGAUCAUCGACACCGAGGGCCUCAAGUCUCCAGAACUCGCUCAACUGGACGAUAGUCACGAGCACGACAACGAGUUAGCAACCCUUGUGGUUGGAUUGAGUGACAUCACCAUCAUCAAUAUUGCUAUGGAGAAUUCUACAGACAUGAAAGACAUCCUACAGAUAGUUGUGCACGCUUUCCUCAGAAUGACAGAAGUGGGUAAAAAACCCAGAUGUCAGUUUGUUCACCAGAAUGUUUCAGAUGUUUCAGCUCAUGACAAGAACCUCAGAGACAGAAAACUGCUCUUGCAGCAGUUAAAUGAGAUGACUCAAGCUGCAGCUAAGAUGGAGAGAAAAGAAGAGAAUAAGAGCUUCACUGAUGUCAUGGACUAUGACCCCGACACUGGAAACUGGUGGAGGUGGCCACACGGAGCACUGGGCCUCACUGCAUCGGCCUGA